AUGGAACACGAUUUUACUCGAUUGAUCAAUAGUCUUUCAGAAUCUCCUUUACCGGAUGAUAUAUUUUCACAAAUAAAAUGUUAUCUUCAACAACAAACAGAUGAUGUACUUCCCAUUUUUAUUUCUCAAUCAUUUCAGUCUUUAGUUACACUCGAACAUUGGGCAUGGAGAUUACUUAGUCAAGAUUUUCACAAAUUUCUUAAUCAAUCCAAUUAUUUAGAACUAUUUCACAGUCUUGGUCAAUUAAAUUUCAGAUUAGUUUUUAAACGCAAUCAAAUUGAAGCAAAUGUUAAAUCGUCACUUCUUAUACCUGAAAAUAUACAAUGGAUUGAUCAAAUAUUCGAUCAAUUCGACAAAAUUCAAGAUCAAAAUGACCCUUUCUUUAUUAUUAUCAGUCUUUGGUUUGAUAACCUUUCAUAUUUAAUUCAUGAGCAUACGCAAUUUGAAAAUCUACCGAUCAUUAUUCACCUAUGUCAACGUAUAGGACAAGAUUUUAUUUUAUCAAAUCAAUAUAAAACCUAUUUAACUCAACUUUGUCAAAGAGAAAUUUCUCAGUCUAUAUUUACAACUAAACAAUUAUUUUAUAUAAGAACAUGUUCAUUUAUGUUUCGAAUGUAUAUAUGUUCAAUCGUUGAUAAAUCACCAUUUCAAGGCGAGGAAUUACUUGAUCGUUAUGGUGAUGAUUAUUUACAAAUGAUAUCUAUUCAUAGUUAUACUGUUAAUUCUUGGAGUCAAGAACUAUUAAUUUGCGUAGCACAUCUUAUUGAUUUUAUAUGUGCAUGUUGCUGGUGGGGAACUGAAAAAGCAAUGUAUAUUAAAAAACUUGUAGCAUCAGAACUAAUAGUUUAUGAUCAUAUUCAAGGACUUAUACGUAUUGUUGGUUAUAAACCAUUUUACGAACGUAUUACAUCGCAAUGGUGUAAUGAGGAAACAAUUCUCAUUGAUUCAACAUUUAUUUUUUUUAUCGGUGCUUUAAUGCAAAUUAAAAAUUUAGCAUGUUUUAUACGGUCAGAAACAAGCCUAUCAAAUAUUAUUUUAGCUAUAGCACAAAAAUCAUGCUACGAUCGAAUAUCAGUAUGUGGUUAUGGAAUUUUAGCUGAAAUUCUAUCAGAUGAACAAUUAAAACAAGUUCAAAUAACAGAUAAUAUAUCGGAUUUUUUCUUUCGCAUUUUGGAACAUGCAUGGAGUCACCCAACACAGCGAUAUAAACGUAUAGCUAUACCACAAUUAUUAACAGGAUUUUUAACUGUAUCAAAAAAUGAUGCUAUUCAACAAAAAACAGCUAAUUUAAACAAACUUUCACUUUUAAUUGAAAUGUCUGAGAAAUAUCCAAUAACAUUGGAUAUUUUGUGGAGUCUUUCAUUUAAUGAAGAUAUUCAACAACAAUUACGUUCAAAUCGAUCGUUUAUGAAUAAAUUAGCUCGUUUAAAAGAAGAAUGUAGCAAUGAAAAAAUGCGUAAAAUUAUUUUUGGAAUUCUUUGGAAUCUCGAGUCGUGUCAUCAAGAUCGUCCAACGUCAGACUUUAUUGAUGAAAAAAAGUUCGAUAUUAUGAUCAGUUAUUCGCAUAAAGAUGAAGUUAUUUGUAAACAAAUCUAUGAAGAAUUAGUUAAAUCCGGUUAUCGUGUAUGGAUUGAUUAUGAUCAAAUACAUGGAAAUGUGAUGGACGCCAUGGCACAAGCUAUUGAACAAUCAAAUGUAAUCAUUAUUUGUAUGAGUGAACAAUAUCGUCGCAGUAAUUAUUGUCGAGCUGAAGCGCAUUAUGCAUUUCAACGACAACUUAAAAUAGUUCCGAUUCUUCUACAAGAACAUUAUACUCCUGAUGGAUGGCUAUUAUUUCUUAUAGGACAACUACUGUACGUUGACUUCACUAAAUAUGAAUUUCCUCGAGCAAUUGAAUUGUUAAUUCAAGAAUUAAAGGCUCCUGGAAUCGAAGACAAUCGAGUACCAUCUGUUCAAUCGAAACGUGAUAAAAGUUUUGUAGCUUCAUUAUCUCCGAAAGUAGUCACACUUCCGGAAAGUAUUCUCGAUUGGUCACAAGGGGACGUACAGAAUUGGUUAGUUGGAUUGAAUCUUAGACAAAUGGCGCAACUUCUAGUUGAUUUUGAUGGGCCUAGUUUGAAUAGUUUAAGUGAAUUUAUAACAAAAAGUGAUCCUCAACAAAUUUUGACCUUAUUUCAAGAUGAUUGUUCACGAAACAUCAAUGAAAACGUGUCAUUGCUAGAAUUGGCUCGUUUUCGUAUAUUACUCAGCGAACGACAAGUAACGACUAAAGCAAAUCGACUGAUGAAGAAAAGCAGCAGCAUUAUGAACUUUUUAAGUCAAUGUCGAAUAAUGUAG